GGGGACGAAGUUUUCUUUAAAUACGUGACCGGAUGUAGUCGUUCAUGUAACGAGUGUUUUUAGUGAAGAGACGGAUUCGUUAGUGAGAUAUAAUGUGACGCAUUUUUAUAACGUAACUUUAAUGGCUGUGUGUUGUUGGAUUUAUGACGAUGGACAGUGCUGAUAAAAAAGGGUUGAUUGCAGAAUGAACUUGGUAUAUGUGAAGCUAUUUUUAGUUUCUUAAAGAGUCUUCCAGAAACCACGUUGUGAAUAAACAACAGUUAGAUAUGGAAUCGACGAAUGACGAGGAAAGCUCUGAUCUUAUCAGUUGUGACGAAUUAGACAAUAGCCAACAGGAUCAACUAAGCGUUCAAGUGUCUUCUUUGGAAAAACUGGUUGAUUACUGUGCGGAGGAAUUCAGUGGAGAUGUAACAGAGCCUUUCCUUUCAAAUGCUGUGUUCAUGACACACAAAUGGUUUAUUUCAUCAGAGGAACUACUUAGAAAAUUCAUGCAAAGAUACUCAGAUCAUUCACUUGUGAAUGGUGAACACAUCAGGAAAUUUAAAAAAAGCAUCUGCUCUGCUGUUGGAUUUUGGAUAUCAAAUUACGACUCUGACUUUAAAAAAGAUGAAGACCUUUCUUUGCUAGUGAAAGAAUUUAUAGAAGAAUUGGAAAGUGAGGAGGAGAGGAAAAUCAUUCAUCUGUCCAACAUAUCUGCGGAGGAGCUGAGAAAUCGUGCUUUGAGUGCUGAACAUCCACCAUUGGAUCAACGAAAAAGUUCUUUGGCAUUCAAGGACUUAUCAGCCCACACUAUUGCUGAGCAGUUGACUUAUCUUGAAUAUAGAAUGCUUCGCAGAAUACCAUUUUCAGAGUGGAAGACUUAUGUUUGCACUGGAAAAUUGACAAAUACAAGUUACCUUGAGAGAUAUGUGGCACUAUUCAAUGGUGUAUCAAGAUGGGUGCAGGCCAUGGUUUUGAACUGUGUUACACCUCAGGAGAGGGCUACAUGUAUGGAAAAGUUCCAACAAACAGCUAAGCAUUUAAAGGAGCUCCAGAAUUUCAAUGGCUUAAUGGCAGUGGCAGGUGGAUUAACAAACACAGCAUUGAAUCGCUUACGGCAAACUCAAGAGUUGCUCUCACAAGACUGUAAAGAGUACCUUAAGAUGUUGAUGGAGUUAUUGUCUUCUGAUGGAAACUAUGCAUCCUAUAGGAAAACUUUAAACAUGUCUACUGGAUUCCACAUCCCCAUUUUAGGCAUUCAGUUGAAGGAUCUCAUUGCACUGCAAGUUGUUUUACCUGACAGUGUCAAUGGACACCUUCUUAAUUUGCAAAAGAUGGUUCGUUUAUCGCACAUCAUGUCGCAUUUGCUGCUGGUUCAAAACACUGUGCCACCAGUACAACCAAAUUCAGAACUGAUUAAAAUGUUGCGGGUGUCAUUGCAACCCAGAGUCACUGAGGAAGAGUUAUAUGAAUUAUCUCUUGCUAGGGAACCAAAGAACCAUACUCAUUCUAGCUGUGGCAGUCUUGGCAGUGUAGAGUCAAAUGGUGAACAAGGUGUGAUGUUUGCUGAUUGGGCAGCGGGAUUGUUGAACACAACACCUGACCCUCAGACAAAUGAGAGGCAUGUCUCAUCCAUGGUGGAGGCUGUCUUCAAAAUUUAUGACACGAACAAAGAUGGUUCAAUAUCAGUAGAAGAGUUUGAUGCCAUAGCUACCAAUUUUCCUUUUAUUGAUUCAUUCGGAGUUCUGGACAUUAACAGUGAUGGUGUUAUUAGUCGAGACGAGAUGAAGAACUACUUCAUGAAAGCGAACUGUCACGAACUAAGCAAAGGCUUUUCACACAACUUUCAAGAAACGACGUACUUCACUCCAACCUUUUGUGACCAUUGUGCUGGCAUGCUGUGGGGAGUCAUAAAGCAAGGAUAUAGAUGCAAAGUUUGUCACAUCAACUGCCACAAAAAUUGUAAAGGAGAGAUAGUGAGAGGUUGUCGCCAAAAAUCCUCGCCACAAUUGAAUGGAAUCGAUGGUAAAUCUCUACAGAAGCCUGAACCCUUGCGAAUAACUAAAUGGAAAAACAAAAUGAAGCUUCAGAAACAUUUAUCUGAAGAUUCACUGAAGUCUGUUAACGGCGAGUUUGUUAAUGUCCCAGUCGAUCAGUACAAAAAGCUUCUUCAUGUCCAACAGGAAAAUGAAGCACUCGUAGCGGAGAAUGACCGACUUCAAAAGGACUUAGAGGCCACUACUCACAAGUUAAACUUGUUACAAAAUCAUCUGAACUCUCUGAGGCAAAAUACUGUUACAUUUAUUUUAGAUCAAAUGGACGCUCUACAGAUGCAGAAGGACACAGAGGUGUAGCGCAGGAAUUAUACCUAAAUAUCAACAGCAAUUUACCGACACAUCGAUCCGUUGUUUGGUACAAUUCCUUUACUUAAGUUGUGCAGUACAGUACUUACAUUGUACAGUACUUACAUUUUUUCAAAACGACGGUUUUCUGUGGAUAGGAAAAAUCCGUCUCAAUCAAAGGAUAUCAACGAUUUCUAUAAAGUAAGCAAAGUUCUCUCAGGGGCUAAGGCUUUGUCGCACCAUCCAAGUUAAUUAUUAGCACACUCGUAAGUCCAAACUUAAUUCAAAGGUGACAUAUGGGCCCUCUUAAACAUAUUUCAUAUUAUCCUCUUAAACAUACUUUAAACAUUACCUGUGGGCGUUUAGCAUCAAUAGGACUUAUCGUACACGUGACCUUUAAACUGAAAAUGGUUAUCAUCUCCAUCUUACAAACUACCUGCGCAAAGCAACAACGAAUUUAUUCAGUGGUUACUGAAAUGAAACAGUACGGACGAUGCUCGAGAGGUUUUGAUUGUGUGCAUAUUGUAUCGUACUAUCACUAAUAUUUCUCGUCCAGAUCAUUUCCCACUUUCAUUUAGCUCUUCCUCAUAGAACUACUUAAAGGAAGAUAUAAAGUAAUUUACAGCCGAAAAUAGACUCUUGUUUCCGUUGUUUAUUAUAAUUGUUAUUUUUUAAAAAGUAAUUUUUUCGGAAUACAAAUAAAUCUUAAAUUACAAUGACAUUUAUAAACCAUUAAAUCUUCAGAGAGUCUAGGCUUUUUUAGUUUCCAAUUAUAUUUAAAAGGUGUAUAAGAUCGAUUAGAUUAUUUCUAGACAUGGAAACAUUAAGUUAUAUUAGUUUGUAAUUUAAACUAAAUUAUUUGUUGAUUUAAUAAAAUCGAUAUUAGCAUUGAGUUAUUUAA